GCGAGAGAGAGAGGUAGAGUAAAAGGAAAAGGAAGAUGAACUCAGAGAGGGAUGUUGAGGGGGAAAGAGGGGAGUGAGUAAUAACGAGAGUGAUAGAGGUUGUAGAGAUAGUGGGACAGAGAGAGAGACUGUGACUGGAACUGGAACUGCCGGUUCCUGAGACAAACAGGAAACUUAUCGCGCCCUCUCAGCAUCCUCUCCUCCUCGCUCCCUGGACCAGCGCAAGACAAAUACUCAGCAGAUUUCUCCAUGACAUCAGGCUUUUGUCCACACAGAACCACAGAUAAACGAAGCCACCUAGAAAACCAUAAUGUUUUACUUCCACUGUCCCCCUCAGAUGGAUGGAGAAUGUUGUCGGACUAAUACAUUGAACACCAACGGGUUUGCCAACCAUUCGUCAGCAGAUGAUUUUGACGAUGGCUUUCUUCGGAGAAAACAGCGUAGAAAUAGAACAACAUUUACACUGCAACAGUUGGAGGCUUUGGAGGCUGUGUUCACGCAGACUCACUACCCCGAUGUUUUCACACGCGAGGAACUGGCCAUGAAGAUCAACCUGACUGAGGCACGUGUCCAGGUGUGGUUCCAGAAUCGUAGGGCCAAGUGGAGGAAGACUCAGAGAGGGAGUACAGACCCCGACGGAGGUAAGGAGCAGAUUAACGAGGGAGGCACUCCUCCGUCCAGGAGUCUGAACUCCCAGUCUCCUGUGGACCAGAGCAGGAAACAGAAGGAACCUCUGGAGAUGCAGCAGAGUAUAAACCGAGCAGUAGGUUCUGGUGGGCCGUUCUUCCCAUCCUGUCUACCAGGGACCCUCCUGAACUCAGCCACCUAUGCCCAGGCGCUGUCGCAUGUUGCCACAAUGAAGGGAGGUGGUCUGUGCUCUUGCUGUGUUCCUGAUCCCAUGGGCCUGUCCUUCUUGCCCCCCUACGGUUGUCAGGGUAACCGUACAGCCAGCGUGGCAGCCCUGCGGAUGAAGGCCCGUGAGCACUCCGAGGCCGUCCUGCAGUCAGCCAACCUGCUGGGGAAUGGCCAUGGGCAUGGCGCUGGAGUAGGAGGCCUGCCCAGGGUCGUGGUAUCCGGGGAUGGGUUGAAAAGGCCCAGGAUGGAACCUGCCCUGGGAGUCAUAUCUGGAUCAGUGUCUGGUGUUUCUGAAGCCGUAGGGGGAGGAGCAGGGGGCGGACUUACUCUCAGCCCAGGCUCCAAGGCCCCGACUCAGGGUAGAGGGUCUGACAUGCACCCCCUCUGCCCCAAGGAACCACUGGAGAAAAAGUGAGUGUGUGUGUCUGUGUUCGCUGCCAAGAGGAAACAGACGUACGGACAGUGAGGAUGUACAGACAGACGUACGGACUGGGACUUUAACUCCUGUAGUGUGACUGUGCCUGUUGUUAUGACCUCUUUCCCUCUCCCUACUCCCCCUAAAGCACAAAUAUGGACCUAUUCCUACUGUAACAGGGUGAGGAGUGGGUGCCCAGAUAUCAUACUAUAUGGAUUUAACUAUCAAGAUAUUUAUUUGAUUGUGAUUUAUUUAUUGUGGGUGAAUAUUGCUGAAUGCCGUGGGCUGUUGCUGAACCUUUAUAAUGGACUCUAUAUGGGCUCUUUGUAAGGGAUAACUUGAAUACAUUGUGUGUGUGUUUGUGUAUGUGUGUGUUUGUGUGCGUGUGCUUGUGUGUGUGCGUGUGUGAACAGAGACCCUGGCUGAUGUGAAUCUGAGGCAUUUCUCUUUCUCUCUCACCUUGGCUACACACUCCUCCUUGUGUAUUAUUAGAGUAUUGUGUUACAGAACGUCACCAGACAAUGUAACAUAUUAUGUUUGUGUUCUUAUGACCACAUGUAAAACACAAUGUGAAAUAUUGACGAUUCCAUUGUUUCACUGGAGCUAUGGUCAUUUAUUGUUCAGGUUUUUAGGCUAGCGACCAGAGAGAACUACAACUCAUUAUUUAUUUAUCUUGUUUAACUGAUAGAGACAGUGCACAUGAAUCAACAUAUACAUUUUCACAUCAGUUGAAGCUGAUGUUGCUUCGUUGUCCCUUGGCUAAUAUAUAUGAUACAACAGUUGUGUCGAUAUCAGGGCUGUUGCUAAUAUUUCUUCAGUCUGUUAGCACUUCUGUAGUGUUAAUAGCGUUAGCCGAACCCAGAUCACUUUAGUCCUGUUGUCUAAAACAAUUAAAGAUGUAUUCUCUCCUGUUGCCUCCCGCCACAGCCAUCUGCUCCUAUCCAUUAUUCAUCAGCUUCCCUUAAAGCUGGAGAGACGAGAGCGAUCAUUGUUCUUAUUAUUUAUUUACUUUUAGGAACGCCAACGCCACUCACUGCUUUUCUUUUCUCUCUCUCUCCCUCUCUCACUCUCUGUCUCUUACUGCCUCUCUCUAGCCUUCUCCACCUCUCCCUCUCUCUCACAUGGCUCCCCCUCUCUCUCUCCCUCUCUCUCACAUGCCUCCCCUCUCUCUCUCCCUCUCUCUCACAUGCCUUCCCCUCUCUCUCUCUCUCUCUCACUCUCUCAUGAGAUGCAUCGCCAGGUUUCAAUAACCCAUUGAACAUGAUACAUGCUAAUCAUUCAUGCCUAAAUGUAUAUUUACAAAACACUUUUUUAAAUACCCAGAGCCUCCUUCAUGGUUCAUCAGCAAUUGCUUAUUAAUUAAUGAAUGAAUCCUUUUAUUUAUUUAUUUUAUUUUGUACUUUUCCCCAGAUCAGAUUGAGAAUAUUUAACCGCAGCGAGAGAGAGCACAUAGAGACCAGAACUUAGUCUGAUUCAAUUUGCGUCCUUUUCAUGAAAUCACUUUGUUAGUCAAUAACACAAUUAAGCAAACUACACACAAAAUAGCAUUAAUAAUUGAUGGUGAAUUGAGUAUUACCACAAAGUACUGGGUUAAUAAUUAAUUGUGAAGGAGACACCCUGGUGACAUGGAGGAGGGAGAUAAUGUCAGAAGGCCAGGAUGGAGCACUCACACUUUUAUUUUCUCUCUCUAUUCCUCUCUCUCCUCUCAUUCUGUAUCUCCCUUUCUACCCCUCUCUCUAUUUCCCCCUGUAUCUUUCUUUCAUCUCUCUCUCUUUCUCUCUUGUCUUUCACACUGAAAUCGACUGCAUGCUGUGCAUAGUUCAUAUAUAUUAAUAAAGUGAAGAUUUAAUUGAAUCUUUGAGUCAUUGAGUUAUAUUGUUAAUGUGUUUGUAUGAGCAAUAAUUCUCUCUGGCUUAUUUUGUUUUACACUUUGUAAACAAAACAAAACAAGUAAAACCUCAUAUGAAACAAAGAUCCAUGCAUGUAUUUUGUUGAGUGUGCAUUAUUAUACUCUAAAAUGUGUAUACUAUUGUGAUGCUUCUAUUCAAAACUUUAGACCAGUGAUUGUGUUUUCCAAUCUAAACUAAGUAGCAAUGUAACUCAUGUAACAUUGACAUGCUGGCCAGAUUUAUACAGUAAGGACAGGCGAGUUUAUUUGUAUUUUUGCAUUACUCCAGUCAUUGUAGCACAUAUUGUUCAAAAUAUCUACUAUCCAA